GUCAGUCGGAGCGUAAACGUUAGAUCGAUAGUCGCGGUCGUGUCCGGUUUCAUUAAUUAUAUGUAUGAUAUUAUGUUUGUAUACGUACAAUACAUUUCUCCCGUGUAGUGUAAAAUUAAGAAAAAUAUUAUAAUAUAAUAUAUCAGAGUUCCGUACGAAAUCAACGGGCGCUUCCGACUAACAAGUAUUUAUUUAUCAUCGAUAAAACAUUAUUUACUAUUGUUUGUGUGUGAUACCAUUGACCAAAGACGACGAUGAUGACUGUUGCGAUUCACCGCCGAUGUAGCUACCCUACAUUGUCCACGCAUUACAGGUAAAAUUCAAAAUCAGACGAAGCGUCGACCGACGACGACAUAAUUCAUACGAGACAAUAUAGAGAAUAUGGUGUUACGCCCGAACGACGAAUACGGUGGUUACGCGAUGGACAAUUACCCGCAAACCGGCGGGGGUGCCCAUCACUUUUACGAGAGCAUCAAAACCGAACUGGAAAGUUUCCGGUUGCGUGGCGAGGACGGAGAUUUUUCGGCGUCGGUAGCGGCCGCGUCGGAAGCACCGCUUAGUGACGACACGAGCUCAAUUGCGUCCAAGAAACGAAUAGACAGUAUGUUCAAGACGACCGCUUCCGUGACGGGCGACACAAAGCGGACGACCCGCUACCGCGCCGGCCGUCUGACCAAGUCGUUGGCCGACGACAACAACCACUACGGCGGCGAUGGUGCGGGCGGCGGCUAUUUCGAUUACGGUUAUGCUGCCGAUACCGGCGACAGAAACAACAACAACAACAACAACAAGAAUACGGUACAGGAGAAGAUCGAAAAGAUGUUUGCGGAAAUCAGUUCGUCGGAACUCGAUACCGACGUGUCAAUGGACUCGGCAGUGCCGACGACGGAUAUCGGAAGCAACAAAUUCCACGUGCAGUACAUAGGGUGCGCCGGGCUGUCGGGCAAGAUAUCCUCGUUAGAGGGCCUCCAAAAGCCCGUCCGAGACAUGUACUUCGGUUACCGGGAAAAUCAACACCAUUACCGCGGCGACGACAACCUGUACCGCCGCGGUUAUUACCACGAUGACGACGACAACGACCGAACAGCCACGCGGCGCGACUUCUCGGGGCUGUUGGAGAUAUCGGCGGGCGGUCUUACCAUCCGUUACAGGAACGAAGUGGGCGACCUGGAGCAGCGGACCAACGCGUUUCCGACGAUCGCCGUGUGGGCGGCGCUCAAGUAUGUGUGUCGCCGCCGAUCGCCGACGCCGCAACGGAGAAUCGCCGGGGAAGGUGCCGCCGGUGUCGGUUACGAGUACGCUUUCCUACCGCUAAUCGCAGAUCCCGACGGCUCGGACAAGGCGGCGCUUUUCAGGGACAUGGACCCGGGAGACAGGGCCCGGUUGGACGCGGCCGGCGACCACGCGCCAGUGUUUGCGGUGGUCACGCGCGCGGCCGGUAAGCGGCUCGAGUGUCACGGGUUCGCGUGCGAGACGGAGAACGACGCGCUCCUCAUGGCGGCCAACCUGUACGGCGCCCUCGUCGCGGCCAUGUCUUCGACUGCGGUGGCGGUGGACGUGGACGCGCCGACAACCGGCGACGGAGCCGGACGACUGGCCGCGACCUCGACCAGACGCGUUAUCCGACAGCGAAACGGGUUCACGAGCAUGAGCAGUACGGCCGGUUCGAGCGUGGCCGGCGGUGGCGCGGCGGAGGAAGCUCCUGCCCUACCACCGCCCCGUCCGCCGCGCAGGAACAAAAAGUCCACGUCGUCUGUCACCAGUGCAACGUCGGACGGCGGCGGCGUUUCGUCGGCGAUGACGUCGGUAACGGCUGACGGUGACGACGGCAACGGUGAGGUGUGCAGCGGCGCCAAGACUUUCCAGUUGACCGUCAGACAGGCACCGUCGCUCCAGCGGGGCGUGUGCAACAGUAGCAGCGUUGCGGGCUCGGCGGCGGAAGUGCAGCCCCGCAGCACUAGACAGCAACGUCCGGACGGCGGCGGCGACAUACUCACCAAAGUGGCCAUACCCAGGAGCAGGAGUUUCCUGAACUCGAACGGAUUGGCGUCCACCAAGUACUCCAGGCGGGCCGCAGGCUGUGGCAUAGAGACGGCCGCGGCCGACAGGCGCCGGCGCCGGAGCAACGGUAGUGGCGUUAUGGGCUUCUCGGAAAUGUUUAACGAGUUGCGCGCGCAGGAAGGUCUGAACAACAUGGAUGACAUACUGAACGCCAUCAUUAACGUGGAGGGCAUGUCGUACAACGAUCUGAAGCCCAUUUACAAGGAGUUUCUGAUGAAAUUGGCACUGACGCUCACUAAAGACGAGCUGUACCAACGGACCAAAGCGAUAAUGACGGAACAGAAACGCAAGCGGAACAAGCGACGCCCGGCGGUAGCUACACAAGCGGCCGGUCGCGGACGUCGUCUCAACGACAAACUGCGAGAUGCGUUGAAUUUACGAGCGACAAAGUCGCGAAUCAGUGCCGUGUUGAUACCGAACUUUUGCAAGCGCAAAACCCGGAACAGAGCGUCGCGGAAACAAAAACUACAACUACUGCAACAAAAUCAACAACGACAACAACAACAACAACAACAACAACAAAGGAGACAACGAUGUUCGUGUUUGGCGGUAGCAGGGUCAUCCGCCGAAGUUCGGCCGGCGGUGGACCGGAAACCGGAACGGAAAUUCCAGCGGCGGGCCAUUGCGGGAAAACGGCCGGCGGGUAAGUCGGCGAGCAAAGGCCGCACGGCAUCGGUUACGUCUACGUCCGACGACAGUGACUUUUUCGCGGCCGCGGCGUUGCGGCAACGGCAGCGGCAACAUCAACAGCUCCAACAACAACUGCUGCAGCAACCGCCGCAGCUCUACAAGAAGACGUCGAAGAAACGCGGCAGCGGCGGUAACGGCGGAGGUGGUCGAGGGCCAGCUACGGCAUCCGAGGGCGGUUGCCUGCACCGGGCGUCCAGCGGUUACUUUAGCUGUUCCGAGUGUAGCGCAGGCGACGCGGCGGACGACGACGGAUGCUGUUACUGCGGCGACGGCGCGGCGGACCCGACGACGUCGCUGGUUUCGUGCAGCUGUGACUCGGAUAGCUGCGCUGACAGCGAUAAGUGUUACUGCGGCAAGCCGCGGCGCCCGCGGAACAUAUUCGACGAGCUCAAGAGCCGCGGGUUCGCAGCGUCCGAGUCGAGCGUGUCGCGCGCCGACUCGCCGGGCACCGCAUGGAAGAAGAACGAGCUGCUCAUGCUGUUGCAGCAACGACACGACGACAGCAGCGCCGGUAUGGCCGGUGACGAAUCAUCGCCGGCGGCCAGUGGCGGUGGCAGAUGCGGCAUCGAACCGUCCAAAAGCAUCGAGUACCUGCAGAUGACGCGCCGGGCCUGUCCGUCCGAUAACGCCGGCGUCGACAUGACCGCGGCGGUCGGUUCGUCUUCGUCGCCGUCGUCGUCGCUGUCCGCGGCCACCGUGCACUCGUCGUCGUCCGCGGUGCACCAACGCCGGCAGCAACCGCCGCGCGGCGCCAAACACCAUCACCGCCGGUCCGGUUCGAGCGGUUCGGACAACUUUCGCGCCAUCGAUUACGCGCUGUUCGCGGCCACCGCGGCCGAUGCCUCAGCGGGGCCACGAAAGUCGCGCGGCUGCGGCGGCAGGCAAAAUCACCGCCGUCCAGACUGCGCGCCCGUGGCAGACGGUCGUCGACGUGCCGCCGCCUCGUCUGCCGUGGGCAGGCGGUCGUACAGCUCCGAAGCGGUGCACAUGGCCGGUUGCCGGGUCCAGUACGGCGGCCACGCGCGACAGCCACUGCUGCAACAGACGAAGCCGGCCGCCAGGCGACAUUCCGUCCACGACGGUGACGUCCUGUCGUCGUUUUUCAAGUGUGGCAUAGAAAACUCGUUGGGCUACUAUCCGUGACGAUACGUCUACCCCUCCCCGCGAAUUUGACGUUUGUAAACUCGACCCGAUAUUUUUCAAAUAAAAAUUAUUGAUAUUAUGUAAACUCCGCUCGAAUAGAAAAAAAAAUGACUUGUCGAAUCUUCUCGUUGGUUUUAUACCUAUUAUUAUUAUUAUAAUUACCUAUAUUAUUGUAAACCAUAUUUUGUCCAUUUAGCAAUACCCAACGCCCCGCAGAGGACACCGCAAGGAGGUAAUUCACAUUGUUCUCUAAAAAAUGAUUUCAUUAAAUCGACCAUAAUUAUGAGUAUUAUGACAAUAACUAUGUAAAAAUCACAAAACACCUGAUCCGCCGUUUCAGAAUUCAAAUACAAAAAUGAAUUGAUCAGUUUAAAUGUUGAAUUAUAUUUUUGGCAAUAAUAGUAUUGUCCAUGAUAUGAUAUAGGCAUAAUGUGUUGUUUAUUAUUACCGAACAAAAUUGUGUCGAGUUCAUUACAUUUUAUUGAUAAAUAUUAUCGAGCUUAAUUUACAAUUUACAUUCGAUUAUCUAUUAUCUUUGGUUAUCGCAUGUCGAGUUUACAUCGAUAAAGGUAAUCGCGGGCCGAGUUAAUAUACAUAUUUUUUCUAGUAAGCGCUCGCACGCGUCUAACGAGUUAGUUCUGUAAAUGAAGCUGGGAAAGUUUUAUCUAAAUAAACAUGUAUUAAAAUAAGACAUUAUUCGAAAAAUUGUUUGAACACAAUGUUGUACAUGAAUACCUGUCUAAUGGUAUUUAAAAACUGUUCAAAUAAUUUCAAAAAAUGUAUUCGAUUUUAUUUUAUUUGAUUGUUUGAAUAAAAAUGUAUUCAAAUAAUGUCCUACUUUGAGUGUAAAAAUAAU